AUGCACGAUCCGGAACCCCCUCUUCGACUGCAGACCAGUUUCGCUCGUCCUGCCGAGCCGCAGCAGAUGACAGUAUCGCCCAAGCGCAAGCGCGGCUCUUCUGACCCCGCCGUACCGACUACGCAACCCUUCGCGCCCCGCCUCAACACCUCCGCCUUCCCCGGACCCGUCGAUGCGCGCUGCGCCAGCGCUUCCGAACCCCACAGCGGCGCAUUACUCGCCGCAGCUACCGUCGAGUCCGGUUCCGAGAGCCCGCGCUCGCGGGUUGCGAGUCAAUUCGAACGCCUUCAGCUCCACAAAGGCAGCGGAGGAAGCGGCGCCUUACCGGCGAUAGACUUCGGCAGCGGUGACGCAGGCGCCAUCGCGACGAAGAAAGCCAAGCACAGCGACCAUUUUGUCGAUCAACGAUUACACGAGGGGGGCAACCGCUCAUCGAAUCCACACAAGCCAAGCAGUCCGUCGCAGCCGGUACUGGAGAUAGCGGAGACCCCCCAGCAUCAGAGGGUCUCCUUCGCCACCACAACAACAAUAGAUGAUGGAGGAAUGCAAUCGUCGCCGCCGCCGCCCUCAUCUUCGCCCUCCGUAAAGCUCUUCCUCUCAACGCGCCGUCCCAAUCCUAAGCUGCAUCGCCGGUCGCCGUCGCCUUCGGUCCGGACUUAUGCGACGUCAUCGAGCUCUUCGACCUCCGCAUCAUCAUUACCAUCGGCACCACCGCCGCCGUCCGACCAAGCCGCCUUGACGUGGCAGGACUCGGAGAUCACAGGGCACGAGAUUGAUCGCGAGCAGGACGACGACGGUUACGGGAUCAACGGCCUCGGUUUCCGCCCAACGCAUGCCGUUGCCCAGCACCGUGCGCUUAAGCGCCGCCAGCAGAUACUGGAAUGGCGUGCGCGAGAAGCGAGAGAAGCGCGGCAGAAGCGGAGUGAGAGGAGACGAUUAGCCGCUAUCGCUCCCGAGAGGAAGGUGGGGGAGGCGCAGAAACGCAUGGUCAGGUUCGCAUAA